UUUAUCCUUUAUCUUUUCACUAUUACAAUUAAUAACCUGCGUCCCCCUCCCACAGCAGAGAACAAGAGCAGCCCCCAAAAGGGGAAGGCUGAGGUCGAUGCGGCCCUCCUUGAAGGCGAAGCCCUCUCGGAGUUCAGCCAGGAUAUUAUUGAAGACCUGGCCAGCAUGUCCCCGGUGGCUCUCACGCGUAGCCCGUCCAUCCGCCAGUCCCUCAAGAGGCGCCGCGCUUCGUCCGUCAAGCCAGUUAAAAGUCCUCUGCGGAAUGUACAGGAAAAGGAAGAGGAGGAGACCCUGCCUGAAGUGGCCACUUGGGAAAUCAUUAAGAAGAACGCGUCUGAAUGGCCAUACAUUGUAGGAGGCGUGCUGGGCUCCGCGAUCCAAGGAACGACCAUUCCUCUCUAUGCUAUAUUAUUUGGCGAGAUUCUUGGGACUCUGUCCAUUGCCGAAGAAGAGAAGGCCAGAAAUGAAGCCAACUUUUACGCCUUGCUUUUCCUCAUAAUUGGCAUUGUUGCGGCUCUGUCUAUGUUUAUGCAGGCGUACAUGUUCUCACUCUCCGGAGAAAUAUUGACGGCAAGACUACGUAAACUGACCUUUGCUGCCAUGGUGCGUCAGGAGGUUGGAUGGUUCGAUGAAGAAAGGAACUCAGUCGGAGCUCUGUGUUCCAAACUGUCAGGAGAUGCUUCGGCUAUACAAGGGGCGACGGGCUCUCGCGUGGGCACCAUUGUGCAGGCGAUCACUACCCUGGGCAUCAGUAUUGUCCUAGCGUUAUACUACGACUGGCGCCUUGGGUUGGUCACGCUGCCCUUCAUCCCGUUCGUCCUGGUAGCGGUAUACCUGCAGAGCAAGAUCCUGAUGGGCCAGAGCGUCACCGAGUCCAAAGUCUUAGAGAAUGCGGGAAAGAUAGCUAUAGAAGCCAUUACAAACAUCCGUACAGUUGCUGGACUCCACAAAGAAGAGCAUUUUGCGUAUGAAUACUCGAAGGCUCUACUUAAACCUCACGAAGAAGCACUCAAGAAAUCACAUUUGAGAGAGUUGCUGAGGCACUAAUUCUGGGGACGAUGAUGGUGGGCCAGGCCGUUGCCUUCGCUCCCAAUUACAGUAAGGCCAAGGUUGCUGCAGCUAGAAUCUUCAACCUGCUCGAACGCCGGCCGGCAAUCGAAACGUCAUCGGGAGUUGGCCUCCGUUUAAGUGGCCACGUGGAGAACAUAGAGCUACAAGACGUGCAUUUCACGUACCCAACGCGGCCGGAUGUUCCGAUUCUAAACGGGCUCGGAGUGCGAGUAGAGCGUGGCAUGACUUUGGCCUUGGUGGGAAGUUCGGGCUGCGGCAAGUCGACUAUAAUCAGUCUCCUUGAGAGAUUUUACGAUCCCAAAAGUGGUCGGAUUACCAUAAGCGGAGAAGAUAUCCAAGCCCUAAAUGUGGGUUGGGUCAGGAACCAGUUGGGUCUGGUGUCUCAGGAGCCCGUGCUGUUCGACCUGACCAUCGCGGAAAAUAUUGCUUAUGGAGACAACUGCCGUGUCGUGGGGCAUGAAGAGGUUGUCAAGGCCGCCAAGCAAGCCAAUAUUCACAGUUUUGUAGAAUCUUUGCCCAAGGGUUAUGACACAAGAGUUGGCUCAAAGGGAACUCAGUUGUCUGGAGGACAGAAGCAACGCAUUGCAAUUGCUCGAGCUCUAGUUAGAAAUCCCAGUGUACUUUUGUUAGAUGAGGCAACAUCUGCUUUAGACACCGAAAGCGAAAAGGUGGUCCAGGAGGCUUUGGAAAGAGCUCAAGAGGGUCGGACCAGCAUCAUCAUCGCGCACCGCCUCUCCACCAUCCAAAAUGCGGACACCAUCGCCGUGGUACAAGGGGGCUGUGUGGUGGAGGCUGGGACCCACGAGGAGCUCAUGAAGAAACAAGGACACUAUUACGAUCUUUAUCAGACCAACCAUUAAGGCUUGGCCCUUGAAAUUUGAGCACAAAGUUAUUUCAUGACGUGAAGUCCAAUUACAGAAUAACAGAUCAUGAAAUUUAAUUAUAGAGGAACCUGUUUCAUGAAAUUUAACUCAAAGGACCCGUUUCAUGAAAUGUAAUCAUCAUGGAACCCGUUCCACGAUACCUAAUCAUACGGGAACCUGUUCCAAGAAAUUUAAUCGUAGAGGGACACGUUUCACGAAAUCUAACCAAAUAGGAACUUGUUUCUAUAAACCUAAUCAUAAAGGAACCUGUUUCAUGUAGUCUAAACAUGAAGGCACUUGUUUCAAGAAAGCUAAUUGCAAAUAAUUGUUUUGCAAUGUUAAAUCAAAUUUUGUGUUUUAAGAAGCUAAUUCACAUAGAAUUACGCUUCAUGAAGCUAAAUCACAAAGAUUGGAGAACCUUGCAGUAUAUGUAAAUCAUGAUGUAUCUGCCACUUAAAGGUGUGGUUACA